CAAUGUUUAAUCUCACACUUUCUAGCUAGUUUGGGAGCCCAGGUGCAACCUGUUAUUGCACAUCCAUUUGCGAUCAAUUUACUGUGACCAGUAUCACCUGACCGUAUCGCGGGCUCAAGAAUUGGCCCUUCGAGCUCGAGGUCGAGUAUUUUUUGAAGUUAUCCCCCUACAAGUUACUAGUUUUCAAAUAAUCGCAGGCUCAAAUUCAUUUUUUUGAAAUGUAUAGAAAAUGAGUCGUGUUAUGAGCCGAAAUAUCAAAUGUUGAUCUGAAACUGACCUCUGACUCGAAAAUUCAGCCACCUAUUACAGGCAGGACAAGAAAGGCGGUUGCUUUUUACUUUUCUCGCUAUGGUCACGCGUUGGUCACGUUCUACUUCCAGUUUUUGUGCCCUGAUUGUUCAGAAAUUUGACAAGUGGGUUCAAGAGGAAAAUCUAUGCAGCAUCUGGAAACUUGUUUACCUAUAACUAAAGCUUUCAGAGUUUUGUGUCGUCAUCUUGUUUUGUUUUGAACUGUCUUUUCCCAUUAGUUUUACUAGGUUUAAGUUUUUACUUUCCUUUGUUGUGGGGUAUGUUUUGUAUAUGGUAACGAGUUUGAAACAAAGAAAAAUAAAAUUUAAAACAAGGAUUAAAAUUGGACUACAUAUAAUAUAUACACCUGUCAAAGUUUUGCCUAAUCUGUGACUUGAUUGGCAUGACUAAGCUAAAAGCAGAGUCUUUUAUUUUUCAAAGUUUUUUUGUCGCUAGUCAAACAACAACAACAACAACAACUACAACAACAAAAAUGAAGAAAGCAUAAACUCUAUUAGUAACCACUAAACUGGUUAACGUUUUACCAGGACAAACGAAAGCUGCUCAUCUUAGACUUCCUUCACCUCCUUUGUAGUCCCCUCUUACAUUCCCCGAGAGUCUGUGUGGACGGACGGCUAAUAUUACAACAAUUUUCUCACGUCGAUAUAGCUUUUCAAAUUCGCCGCGUGCGGAAGUUCUCCUAUUAAUAAAAAACCCUGAUAUAAUUGUUGCAACGCUUUUCAUAAAAACAGCAAGCUAUGAUUACAUUGGCUAGUCGGUGCUAGAGGACAACCAAUUAUGAUUAUGCUCAAUAUUUAAAAGAACAUGAAGCAAGCAUUAUUAGCUGAAGGACAAUGGAGGCAUGUGGUGUUGUUGGGAUAACUGUCCACGAAUUGGCUCCCAAGUAAAAUGCAGACUUACUUACCAAUAAAGAAUCAACCAAGGAGAUGCAAAAAUACAAAUCUUAACUUAUGGCAAAUGCAUGCUCUCAUCAGUACUAAUUACGUGCAGAUAUGGCUCAAUUAUCAUAAGCAUACUGGACUGACAGAGUAAUUUACGGUGUAAUUCAAGCACUUUUUUUACUUUUCGGUUUCUAGUUAUAAAAGAUGAAUAUGGCGACGCUAACAUAGACGAUGAUGAUAAUGACAGUGGAGAUGACGAUGGCGACGAUGAUAAUGAUGACAGUGGUAAUGACAAUGACGACGUUGAUGAAGAUGACAGUGAUGACGAUGAUGAUGAUGACAGUGGUGAUGACGAUGAUGAUGAUGAUGACGAUGACAGUGGUAAAGACGAUGAUAAUGAUGAUGACGAUGAUGACGAUAAUGAUGAUGACAGUGGUGAUGACGAUGAUGAUGAUGAUGAUGACGAUGAGGACGAUGAUGAUGAUAAUGAUGACAGUGGUGAUGACGAUGAUGAUGAUGAUGAUGACGAUGAUGACGAUGAUGAUGAUGAUGACGACGAUGAUGACGAUGAUGAUGAUGACAGUGGUGAUGACAAUGAUGAUGAU